AUGACAGCAGCAACAAGUGUUCAGCCCAGUCCGGCUCCGCGUCAACCAGGCCUGCGGGCAACCUUUAAUCCUCGUAAAGAGGAGAAGGUGUUUCUUGCAAGAGGUGCGCACGCCUUUACGCUACCUGGUCGCCGGGCGAGCGUCAACGUUGAAGUAGACGUUGAAGCGGAAUCAGACGAAGCCGCCCUCGAUGCCAAAGAGACCACCAUCACGGUCUCCUACGCAGAGAAAGGGCAAGAGAGCUCUUGGUCUGCGGCCAAGUGGAUCAAGCUGGACCGUCUUGCCAAGACAAGUCAGCAUGGGGUCGUGAACGAAGAUCGAGCGACUUACCAGCAAGCUUGGUCUUUGGAGCUUCUUGAUGAGGCUGUUGAGCCAGCAAGGGCGAUUUGGUCUGCUCUUUACGCCUUUUGGAUUCGACACAAACGGUCCGAUCGUCUCGCCGUCUUGCUCAAGGGUACUCAAGCGACCAAAGUGCGCUCAUACGUGUUCGAGGCAGGUCUUGGCUUCAAAUCGCCCUGUGAGACCGAUCUCAUUUUGCUUGACCGCAACGCUUUUUGGCAAGGAGCGGGAGCACCUGCUGGCCUUCACUGGCUGCAAACACCUGUACCCACUCGUGGACUGUUCCCAUACGUGCUCGACUUUACGCAGAGCACUUCUCCUCCCGUGCUGGCAACGCAUCCCCUGCGACCUCCGAAGCCAGCACCUGGCUCGGUUGUCUAUUCUCGCUACGUCUUUUCUUGCUCUCAACACCUCGAGUUGGUCCACAUCGACGUAUCGAACCCACAGCAUUUCGAUGCGUACACCAGGUGGCAGAACAGCGACAGAGUCAACCAUGGCUGGCGCGAAAAGGGCUCCGAUGAAAAGCAUCGCAAAUAUAUUACCGAGAAAAACGACGACCCUCAUGCCAUGGGAGUUCUGGUACUGUGGGACGGUGUGCCUGCAGGAUACGGCGAGAUGGUCUGGAGCAAAGAGGAUGGUAUGGCCGCCUUUGUCGGAGGCCUAGGCAACUACGAUCAAGGCACCCACCUCCUGAUCGGAGAGGAACAGUUCCGGGGCAAGCAUCGCUUCACGGCUUGCAUGGUGUCUCUCAAGCAUGCUUGUUUCCUUCGCGACCCACGCACCGAAGUAGUCGUCGGCGAGCCUCGUUAUGAUCUCGACAUUAUCCCUCUGCUUGCCACCUUUUUGCCGCAAGAGAUCAGGAAGGAAGUUGAGCUGCCGCACAAACGCGCCGUUUUCUUUGUGCUGCGACGUGACCGAUUCCUCGAAGAAGGUAUCCUCGAAUAG